UUAUUCUUUCCAACAAAUUAUCUGUUCACAUAGAUGUGUUUUCUUCCAUCCUCAUUUCUUGAAAUUUCAUAUGAUUUCAAACCAACAUAAGCUGACAGAAUUUGAAUUUUCCGAACGCAUUAUCAGCCAUUUUGUCCUCGAUUUGAUCAAUUUGAUGUUUCUACAAUUGGGUUUUCGAAAAUUCUGAAAAUUUUGGUUCGCAUUAGGGUUUUGGAGAACAGGAAAUGGGACAGAAAUCCCUGAUCUACAGCUUCGUUGCCAGAGGCACGGUGAUCCUCGCUGAGUAUACCGAAUUCAAGGGGAACUUCUCAACCGUCGCCCAACAAUGUCUUCAAAAGCUUCCUGCCAAUCAGCCUCGGUUUACGUAUAAUUGCGAUGGCCAUACCUUCAAUUACUACAUCGAUACUGAAUUUACAUACUGUGUUGUUGCAGUGGAAGCUGCUGGGAGGACCCUUCCCAUGGGCUUUUUGGAACGUGUGAAAGACGAAUUUAACAAAAAAUAUGGAGGUGGAAAAGCUUCAACUGCUGCUGCCAAGAGUUUAAGCAAAUCAUUUGGACCAAAAAUGAAAGAGGAAAUGGCAUACUGUGUUGCUCAUCCUGAAGAGAUUGACAAGAUUGCUAAGGUCAAAGCUCAGGUUGAUGAAGUCAAAGGAGUUAUGAUGGGUAACAUUGAAAAGGUUCUUGAUCGUGGAGAGAAGAUUGAACUUCUGGUAGAUAAAACUGACAACCUUCGCAAUCAGGCGAAUGAUUUCAAGAAACAAGGCACGAAGAUGAAAAGGAAGAUGUGGAUUCAGAACAUGAAGAUUAAGCUGAUAGUUGUGGGGAUUGUGAUUGUUUUGAUUCUGGUGGUUAUUAUGUCAAUCUGCAAUCAAUUGAGGUGCUUUUGA